GAUCCAGACCCUGGGGGCCGUCGCGGUGAACUGACCUACUGCUGUCUGAGGGAGGAGUGGAGCUGCAGGCUGUCAGCGGGAAACAGAGAGCGCGCUGCAGUAACAGGACGAUGGAGGUUCUUAAGGGUUUGCUGCUUCUGGUCGUGCUGCUGGUUUCUGUGGAGCGUUCAGAUUGUGUGAGAUGUUUCGCAAAGUUUUACCUGGACUCAGGUGAGUGUGAUGAAGAGCUCGGCGAGGUGGACGAAGAUGACUGCUGUCAGAAUCCACAGUACGGUUACCAGGCAACAGACGGAGAGUGUCGGUCCUGUGGUCCUCCAGUGUGGUCUCCCUGGUCGCCAUGGUCACCGUGUAACGUCCUACGUGGAGAUGGAGUCAGGCAGAAAAGAAGGCAGUGUUUCGGCCUCGGCGAUUGUGAGAACGCCGAUGACAAAUUGCAGACGGAGCCCUGCAACGGCACCUGCUUCGAUGAUGAGGGGUGGGCCUUGUGGUCUCCCUGGUCUACCUGCUCGGUCACCUGUGGAGGAGUUGGAGUGAGGAAGAGAGAGAGAGUCUGCGCCAGUCAUCCUGACUGUCGCAUCGCCUGCAGUGGUCCUUCAGAAGAGACAGAGGGCUGCACGUCUCUCAACGCCUGCCCAGUCCACGGUGGUUGGUCCCCUUGGUCCAGUUGGUCUGAUUGCUCUGGUUCGUGUAUUGACGCCACCACCCCCACCAGAGAGAGAUGGCGUUCCUGCUCUGACCCCGCCCCCUCCAGUGACACAGAGCCACAUGGCAAAAGUUGCCCUGGAGACGACUCCCAAACGCAAAGCUGCAGCGAGAUCCCCAACUGCCCAGUGGACGGCAAUUGGGGUGCGUGGUCACCGCCCGGGCCGUGCUCCGUUACCUGUGGGGAGGGGCUUCGGCUGUCAAACAGGAAGUGUGAUAGCCCCACCCCUAAAUAUGGCGGGCGAAACUGUGAUGGACCGAGCAGUCAAAGCAGCGUCUGUCAGAGUCCCUGUCCUGUCGACGGGUUCUGGUCCGGUUGGUCAUCUUGGAGCGAGUGUUCAGCUUCUUGUUUGUCACCUAACAAAGCUUCUGUCAGGAGUCGGCAACGCUCCUGUUCUAACCCCGAACCUUCGUCCACACCACGCGGUGCACCUUGCCGGGGUGAACUAAGCCAAUCGGAGCAAUGCCAUUGGCUGCCUCAUUGUCCAGUGGACGGAGGCUGGGGGCCUUGGUCUCCCUUCUCUCCCUGUGCUGUUACUUGUGGGGUUGGGGCUCAGGUAUCAGUGAGGAAAUGUGACAGCCCCAUCCCCAAGUAUGGCGGCCGUCCAUGUCCCGGAGAGGGACGUCAGACGACCAUCUGUCACACCAACACCCACUGUCCAGUUGACGGGCUGUGGUCAGAGUGGUCGCCAUGGAGUGACUGUAUAUCCGGUUAUGAUGGUAAGACUAUCACGUGCAAGAAACUUGGCGGAAAACAAAUUCGAGAGCGCGAGUGUCUCCAUCGAGCUCACAACGGCACCCUCUGCGCCGGAUUCCGCUUGUUGGACAGAAGAGUCUGCUAUGACGUCAAAGGAUGUUACAUUAAGGGAAGCUGGGGUGGCUGGGAGUCGUGGAGUUUGUGUAAGCCUCCUUGUGGAGCGGGCUCAAGACGUACCAGGACAAGACUCUGUAAUCCUGAUUACAGCGGAUACAGUCGUACCAUCGGUCGUCAGAGGGAAGAGGCGACAUUCUUUGGAAGGCCGCUGUUGGACUGCGGCCCGCUGCCCGUAGGGGAAAAGAAGGCUCAGGCUGAACCCUGUGUCAACGUUCCCCCCUGCACUUAACAACCUGCUGACCAACAACGACACUCAAGGUGCUCGUCAUCCUUCAUGAGGCUGUGUGUCCAGCUGCAGAGUUAUCAGAUAUUAUCAGCUUCAUGUAUUUAAAGUCACUUCCUCCAGAUGUUGCUGCUUGGGGCAGUAGCUUACAACCUCAAGCAAUAGCCCCACCGAAAGGUAAAUAUGAGAGAUCAUCAGGAGUGUUUGAAGAAGAAGAAGAAACAUAAAAAAUAAUUUCUUAUGGGUCUUACUGUUUUUUUAAUGCUAAAUCUUGAUAAAUAAAAUGAGUGGUAAAGUAUUUCAAAUUUUGCCCAGCUCAUUUGAAAUCUGUUAGCCACGCCCACUGCAUCCUUCGAGACCUGAGGAGUCUGAGCUCAGUCAGAUUGGUCCCAAAGAGCAUUAUGGUUUUAUAAGCUCUCUCAUAUGCAGAUCAGCAUGAAACGAAAAGGAAACAUCUGGUUACAAAGAUAUAAUCUAUUUUAAUUUUAAACAAAGAUGUGCUGUAGACCCCCUUCAGCACAGAGGGAAGCUUGAGGCAAACACUGUCACUUUCAACCACAAAAAUGGUGUCUUGCUGUAUUUCUUGGUGCCAAAACUGAAAAAUCAAAAACACUAACUUGAGGUUUUAUCACAUACCAGCUGCUGCCAGUCGUGGAAACUUUGGUUUGGCUUUGGUGAUUAAAAGAAAGGAGUGGAGUGAGACAAUCAACAACAAUGCCCACACUUCAUGUCAGAUAAGGUUAAUAUGUUACACAUCUUCAGUUACAGCCUGGAUAACGUCAUGGGUUAGAAUAAAUCAUAACUGAAAUCAUUGAUUCUUGUUACAUGUUAAUACUAAUGCUAACCGCUAGCUAAAGCAAGUUAGUUGCGUGUUUCAGGGGCAUUCAAGUAGAAAAAAAAAACAUGAAGGGGUCUAUAUACAACCAGUUGACAGAAAGGAUUGUUUCAUCCAGCCAGUAAGCAAUGCAAUGGAUAUUUGAGUAGUAGUAAUGAAAAACAUCGGACACAGCCAAUCCUUCUUUUUCUUUCUGUUUGCAUAGGUGACCUUUUUUUUUAAUUCUGAGAUUUAUUAUUGAUUAAUUGAUAAAGUAAAUGAAAAUUUUGAUUGUGCUUACUGUACCUAUGAUGGAAAUUGGCAGUGUUUUCCAGAAUUCUAUCUGUGCCUUGAGUUUUUCUAACACCGCUGUAAAAUUUGCCUCAAAUAGUAAAGUGUGUUUCUUGUUUAUCUGUA